GAGACGCAUGCGCAUUAGGCAGGACCGAGUUGGACCGAAAGCGGGCCAGAGUUUUCCGUUUAUUUUCCCUUUCCGCCUCCUUCUGUCGCUGCCGGGUUUGGUUUUUGUUCGGUCUGAUCGAGAGCCGGCUUUGGGCCUUGUCUGUCCAGGCGAGGAUGUGAAUGACAGCCGCGGGGAUACGAUGGCAGCUCCGAGAGCGAGAGAGCCGCCAGGUGGACUGGAGCUUAAUCCAGAUGCUGCAGAUUUCAUUCCUCGGGAAAUGCAGGAAACCCAGAGAAAAAAGAAGCCAGAGGAUUUUAGCAGGAAUAACAACACAAAUCUACCAUCAUCAAGGCAGCAACCAUUUCGUAGCUAUCGUUGUGGUUCAACACACAAGAGGGAAUCUCAGCAAUCAAGGAAUCAUUAUGAGGAAGACCCUAUCCCUGAUCCCAGGACAGACAGUGAGGGACGGAGGACCAACCAAAAUAAAACCGGUAUGCAUAGCUUUCAAAAUCAGCGCCGUCACCGGAUGAGAGAAGACAAGUCUUGUCCUGGAGAAACAUGGCUUGCUGAAGAGUCACAGCAGAAAACUGUUGGAAACUUCUGGCAAUCAAAUUUAUUGGAAAAAGAUUUGGUGGAAGAUGUUACACAGAAAGACACACUGGGGGUUGGAGCAGAAUGGGUGGGACACAGAAAGAUUCAUAAUUUAGAACAUGAAAAUUGGCGAGCACCAGAAAGUAGAGGAGGAGCCAAACCAAAGAAAAUUAACCUGCAUGUGCACAAGCCUGGUCGAGUAAAGGUUAACCAAGGAAGACUGACCUUUGAAAAGGACAAUAGAGUAUUUGGAAAGAAAACCAAUGAAAUGACUGAAAAUCUGAGCCCACUAGAGGCUAAUCAAACUGAAACACUUAGUGAACCUUCUGUAAUGGAUAAAAAUGAUGAAAAAUACAAUGAUGAGUCACAGAGAAAGUUUCUUAAAAAUAAAAAUAGUCAGAGAGAAUUCACCUGGAGAAAAGAGUACUCUGACAAUGAAGUGUACAGAAGUCGGACUGCAAACAGUGUUAGGACAGAUGCUAAUUUCUCCAUGACUGCUUCAGCAAUGGAUAUCAAGACUGAUCUUGAUGAGAGAGUGAAUCCCAAAUUGCAGGAACGAUUGAGCCACCGAACACAAACAUGGAAAGUGAGUGAAGUAGAAAGAAGAAGAAAACGACCACAAGAUCUGCAAAAAAAAUCUUUUGAUUCAGGAAGAAAGACAUUUUGGAAAAAACAGAUGGAAGUGCACAAGAGCAAGGAGACUCACACAGGAUCACUGAUUGAACAGCUUACAGCUGAGAAAUAUGAAUGUAUGGUUUGCUGUGAGGUGAUCCGUGUGAUGGUACCUGUCUGGAGCUGUCAGAGCUGUUAUCAUGUUUUCCAUUUGAAUUGUAUUAAGAAAUGGGCAAGAUCACCGGCUUCUCAGGCUGAAGAUGGAAAUGGUGGUUGGCGAUGCCCUGCUUGCCAGAACGUUUCUGUACGAGUACCUAAUUCUUACAUGUGUUUUUGUGGUAAGGUUAACAAUCCAGAGUGGAACAGGAAUGAAAUACCUCACAGCUGCGGAGAGCUUUGUGGAAAGAAACGAUCUGGCAAUGACUGUCCUCACUCGUGUAACAUCUUAUGCCAUCCUGGACCAUGCCCAUCGUGUCCUGCAUUUGUGACAAAAACAUGCGAAUGUGGUAGAACAAGCCAGUCAGUUCGUUGUGGUCAGCCUGGAACCAUUCACUGCAGUAACGUGUGUGAUAAUCUCCUAAAUUGUGGAAAGCAUACAUGUGCCCAGGUAUGCCAUGCAGGGAAGUGCCAGCCAUGUCCUCUUACAGUUGAGCAAGCCUGCUACUGUGGAGCUACUUUUCGAGAAGUGCUAUGUGGAACAGAUAAAGAAGAAUAUGAUGGCAUCGGCUACUUUUCUUGUCAGAAACCUUGUGACAGGAAGCUCAACUGUGGAAACCAUAACUGCCUCCAGCUGUGCCAUCCAUCUGCAUGUCAGCCAUGUCCUCGCCUGCCCAAAUUGGUGCACAGCUGCCCUUGUGGGCAGACUCCUUUGUGCAAACUUUUAGAGCUUGGUUACCCUGAGCGUAGGAGCUGCACCGAAUCUAUACCAUCAUGUGGGAAGACUUGUGGCAAACCCCUACCCUGUGGUUCUGAUGAUUCCAUUCACACUUGUAGUAACCUUUGCCAUGAAGGCGAAUGUGGACCAUGUGCUGGAACUUCAACUGUUAGCUGUCGGUGUGGAUUUAAAAAGAAGGAUGUUCCCUGUGUCAAUAUCACGAAGGAAGCAGACCUGCUGUUCUUGUGUGACAAGCGCUGCAAUAAGAAGCGUUCUUGUGGCCGCCAUAAAUGUAAUGAAGUUUGUUGUGUGGAUACUGAGCAUAAGUGCCUCCUCCUCUGUGGACGCAAGCUUAACUGUGGACAGCACAAGUGUGAGGAGCCUUGCCACCGAGGAAAUUGUCAGAAUUGCUGGCAAAGUAGCUUUGAUGAACUAACAUGUCAUUGUGGCAAAUCAGUGAUCUAUCCUCCAGUACCAUGUGGCACCAGACCUCCAGAAUGCAAAAACCCCUGCAUCAGGGAACAUGAGUGUGAUCAUCCAGUGUUCCACAAUUGCCAUAGUGAGGAGAAAUGCCCACCUUGUACCUACCUCACUCAGAAAUGGUGCAUGGGGAAACAUGAAAUGCGGAACAACAUUCCUUGUCACCUUACAGGCAUUUCCUGUGGGCUUGCUUGUAACAAACUCUUGCCCUGUGGAAUGCACAAAUGUAAGAAGAUUUGUCACAAAGGCGACUGUGUUACCGAGGAACAAUGUAAACAACCCUGCAUCAUUCCACGGCCUGACUGUAAUCAUCCUUGCUCAUCUUCAUGCCACCCAGGUUCACCCUGCCCAAAGACCCCAUGCUAUGCUGAGGUGAUAUUAUAUUGCAGCUGUCAGCGCAGGAAAGAGAUCAUGAUCUGCAGUGAGGCUUCGAGUAAUUACCAGAGGAUAACUGCUAUUUCCAUGGCCAGUAAACUCUCUGACAUGCAUCUUGGAGACUCAGUGGAAAUCAGUAAACUCAUUUCUAGGAAAGAAAUGAAACAGACCAGGUUGGAGUGUGAUGAAGAAUGUGCAACAGUAGAAAGAAACAGGCGAGUAGCAGAUGCUUUAAAUAUUAACCCUGCCUCAGAUCCAUUUCACAUUCGCAGCCUAGGAUCCAAAUACAGUGACAGUCUGAAGGAAGAUGCAAGGAAAGAUCUGAAGUUUGUAACUGAAGUGGAAGAAGAAAUUAAAGCUCUUGUAGAAGCUGUUAAUAAGGGCAAACAGCAGAAGAAAAGUCGUUGCUAUCCCCCAAUGAACCGAGAACAUCGCAGAGUCAUUCAUGAGCUGGCUGAAGUCUAUAGUGUUGAAAGUGUCAGUUAUGACAGUGAACCCAAGCGUAAUGUUGUUGUAACUGCUGUGAAAGGAAAAUCUGUGUGUCCGAAUGUUUCACUGACUUCAUUGAUUGAAAGAGAGAUGGCAGCAAGGCCACCACCACCAAUCGCACAUUACAGGCAGCAGGCACUUAAGAUUGACAAUGGAACAGUCGCCCUGCAAAAGUCAUUCAAGGAAGAACCAAUAAUUGAUUACUUUGAUGUACAGGACUAGAAAGUCAUUUAUUUUCAAAUACAUUUGAAGUGUUGGAUCUCACAUCCUCGAGAAAUUCAGAGGCUGAUAAAUAACCUGAUCAGUAGUGAACAAAAAGGAAUCAGUGAAGAUUUGUAGGGAGAUACAAUUGUGUCAAUCUAUUAAACUUCAACCUGCAUAAUAAAGUAAGAUGCUAGUCUCUGCUGUAGGAUAUCACUGUUGCAUGAGAUAAACACACAAGAAAUGAAAUCAAAACCUGUGGAAUGAAUUAUGUAUACCAUGCAUUUCUAUCAGAUGUGUUGCUGCUGUAGACGAUGCUGAACAAAGGGUUAAUAUUGUUUUCCCCUUGGUUUAUGUUUUUGAAAGAAAUCAACUUCAGUGAGAUAAUGUUCAAGGUGGUGUGUAAUAAUUGCACUCAAUAAAGAUGAAAUUAAUAUCAA